GCUUGUACCUCCGCCCGCGCCGCGCUCCGCACCCCGUUUCAGAGUAGAAAUAUUUAUUGAAAUUAAGCUGCUUAACUCAUAAAGUGUAAUCUGAACUGGGGUAUUAGUGUGCUGGCUGGCAAGAAGCAAGCAGCUUCAGAGAGGAAAUCAUGGUUAUGCUGAAGAUUUCAUCUUUCCUUGCUGUUUAUGCCUUGGUUGUGUGCCAGAUGGACAGCUUCCAGGCAGCCCCAGUCAGACCUGGCUUGGAGUCCAUAACGGAUCGAGUGACUCUCAGUGAUUAUGAAGCUCGGAGGUUAUUAAAUGCGCUGGUGAAAGAGUUCAUACAGAUGACAGCAGAAGAGCUGGAGCAAGCCUCUGAGGGGAACAGCCUGGAUAGACCCAUUUCCAAACGCUGUGCCAGUCUGAGUACUUGUGUGCUGGGCAAACUGUCUCAAGAAUUGCACAAAUUGCAAACUUACCCUCGCACUGACGUCGGGGCUGGAACUCCUGGCAAGAAACGGAAUGUGCUGAGUGACCUGGAACAUGAACGCUAUGCAAACUAUGGGGAACCCCUAGGAAACAACUAGACGUGCUUAUUUCUCCCCCUCUCCCUUUUUUAACCUGAUGCAUGUGGAUCUAACUUUGAUUGCUAACUUUGCUAUGUUCUUUUGAUUCUGUUUCUCGACAGAGAGUGUUUGAGAUGGACCUAAUGUUAGGAAGACAGAGAAUAUAACACCCAUACCAAGCUAGGGGAAAAAAGAAAUAAAAAUGAUCAGCACUGCCUUGACAUUCCAAAUGAUUAAAAAAAASCCCCAAAGUUCUUAAUUUCUGGCUGCUAAAUGUACAAGUAGAUUCUUUCUUUUGUGCUUGCCCAUGCACUUGUUCAAUAAACCUAUUUUUCUAUAAGGAUUAGAGCUGCUUGGUUUAACAAUUUGUUUUAGAAUGUGAGAUUUCUAGAUGAGGCUAAAAAAGGUUUACAACUUGUCUUAAUGUUUAAGAGAGGCAAUGCUAGUAACUUCUAGAAAAGUUGAAAGAACUUAGAAGUCAAAGUUCUACAUAUCCAUUGAUAUGUACUSCUGGAAUCAGGCAUGCAUACAAUCCUGCUAGUAAGGAUCCUGUGAAGCAAAGACAUCAGGAAAGGCUCUCACACAUUCAUUCAAACAAACUAGAAAUCUAAUCCUGUUUAAAACUGGGUACUGAACAUGUAAGGUAAGAAUUUUGUGUUUUUUCUUUUCUUCUUAUUUUGCAAUAGGUCUUUCUACCUUUAAAACUUACAUGCCUUUAAAAUAUUGGUGUUGAUUUACAAUUCACCUACAUUUUGUUGCCUUGAAUUAAGAGCCAGACCCAGGUAUCUUACCCAGGUAUCUGUUGCAGCAUUGCAACUGUCUUGUAAUCAGAGGUCUCCGUCAAAAAAUUGGCAUUGAUUGUACCAAUAACUCUUCAUUGUUAACAUUAAUAAACUGCCUUGUGAUGUUUAACUGAGAAAAAUCCCUCCUACUGCAAGAAAAAGUCAUUUCUUUAGUAGAAAAUUCUUCAARCAAGGACUCUGUGAGUGCAUAUUCCUUGAAGUUCUCCAUUUGGCACAAUUGUUAGCUGUAGGCUGAGCUGUGAGCACAGAACUAAUAUUGUCAAAGUCUGAGCUACUUCGUGAUGAAGUGCUGUAGUAGACAAAGGUCUAACUGCAGGAAAGAGAGGUUCUCCCAUUCCCACGAAGUACCUGGAAGCAGUUUAUGUGUGGUUCAGCCCUGAAAGCAGCUGGGCAGCUGCUGUGCAGGCACAGCCCUGUCAGAGUCACUGAGAAAACUCCUCCAGUGACCAGCCAUUCUGCAAUUUCUUGUGUUUUCUGGCUGUUAUGGAGCACAGUAGUUGAAGUGAGAAGUGAAAAAUCUGUGUUUGCUGCUGCCUUUCGGGAACAAUUCAAGCAAAAUGCAAAUGUGAGCUUUGGUAGGAAGGGGGAUAGUUGAAAUGCUCCAGACCUGAGCCUCUUUAGCAUGUCUCAGUGGCCGUGAUGCCUGGCUGGAGGCAGGCAGUAGCUCAGGUGCUGCUGAAAAGCUGGCUUGGAUUUAAUCUUCAGUCCAGCUGUUUUUCUACAGUGAGCCUGACAUGGAGAAAACCAUGAAGAGGCAACUUUUGGCAGGUGUAAGCUGUGCACACAGAAAGUGCAAGUGCCUGCUUCACUUACACCAGCCUGCUUUUAAUCCUACAGAAGUGUCUUUGCUGGUCAGAGCGCUCCUUAGUGAUGUCUCACCRCAUGCAGGGUUUGGACUAACUCUUCCUUUUCCUCCU